CACUGAGUGAGAGAGACAUUGAGAGAGAGAGAGAGAGAGGGAGGGAGUUUCGUAACUUAGGGAAGUUUUGUGAAGCCAUCGAUCACCGGAGCGUCUUGUUUUUUUCUGAGCCUGAUGUGAGUGACACCGCGGAGGACUGACCGUCGCCUGCGUCACGUUUUCAGCGGACUUGCCUGAUCGAGUUUCGGUGGGAGCCUGUGCGGUUCAGCGAGGCAGCCGAGAAACUACCGUCUCUCCACCAGGAAUAGACCAUCUAACUCCACCUGAGAAGAGCCUGGCCUGUGCAGCCAUGCUGAUGUAUGAUUACCCUCUGAAGACAGACAUGGAGACGUCAUUCUACUCUUCGUUAGUCAAAACCCCGGAGCCAUAUGGAGUGAUCUUCCCCCAUCCCGCCCCACUCUACCACACGCACAUGCACGCCUUCCCCCAGUCCCACGCCCCCAGCAACCCCACACACACCCAGCUGGAGCCAGUGGACCUGUCAGUCAGCAAGCGCUCUUCCUCCAGCUCCUCUUCCUCCUCCCCUCCCUGCUCCUCUGCCUCCUCCCCGGCCUCCUCGCGUAGCUCCCCGCCUUCGCCUUACAGCUUGGCGAGCCGCGCCUCCCCUCGCUGCUCCCCUCCACACUCCCAGCUGCGCUCCUCGCCACCUCACGCCGUCCCGCCGCCCACUCCCUCACUUCCUUAUCCCACCAUGGUGGCUCCUCUCAUCAGCUCAGGCUCUGGGGUCAUGGUGUCUCCAGUCAUGGUGCCUCUGUCUGUCCUCUAUCCCUCGCCUCUCCACCUGCACCAAUCCAUAAUGGUGAGCCCUCCCGUCGCCUGUGACGACGACCAUCAUCGAAGCAGGGAGCACAAAACAGUUCACUCUACGAAGCCCCUGGAGUUGCGAGGGGACGCCCACGACCUGCACAAGCCAAUCAAAACAGAGCCUUGCCCUGAGUUUGCUCAUGACCCACACAGCAGCCAAGAGAUGAAAUCAUCAGUCAUCAGGAUACCACAAGAAUACGAGGGUAACAACCCAUCAGUCAUAGUUCGUCCAAACCCAAAGCAUCCUCUCCCGCCUGACUCUCCUGACUCACUGAAAAAGAGACGAAUUCACCGCUGCGACUUCACCGGCUGCAACAAAGUGUACACCAAGAGCUCCCACCUCAAAGCGCACCGCAGGACACACACCGGCGAGAAACCCUACAAGUGCAUGUGGGAAGGCUGCACGUGGAAGUUUGCCCGUUCAGACGAGCUGACGAGACACUUCCGCAAGCACACAGGAGUCAAACCGUUCCAGUGUCCCGACUGUGAACGCAGCUUCUCUCGCUCUGACCACCUGGCUUUGCACAAGAAACGCCACCUCCUGGUGUGAAACAGCACAGGAGGGGGGCAGCUUGAAAGAAACUCGGUGCUGGUUUCAACAUCGGAUUUUACCACUUUGACUUGAGGUUUUUUUUUGUUUUUUUUUAAAAGAGCUGGCCUUAAACAUUGGACAAGGAGAGGGUAAAUGUUCCUCAGGGUGCAAGAUUAGACCCUUUCACCUCAUUAGCCUGAGUGAUGAGCUGGUGUCAUCUAUCAGAUUUAUCAUCAGCUCGUUUUGACAUCAUAUUAGAAAUGUGGGUGUUGUACCAGACCUCUGAUCCGCUGUGGAAGGUCCAGACACUUUUUACAAAGAGACUGCAGCAUCUCAGCCGGCCUGAGAACAGCGCCUUCUUGUGGCCACAGAACCAAACUGCAUCGACACCCGCUCUGUUGAAGCCACGCAGCAUGCUCAACCUUCUUUUAGCAACAACACCAACUCUCGUUUUUCUGCAUGCACUCAAGUAAAGAUUGUGGCCUUAGACACACACACACACACACACACACACACACACACACACAUAUUUCACUUGCUAGCUAAGCCAAUAUAAUGUGAAACUUUCCAGAAUGUAUCAUCUUACACCUACUGUGCAUUGUGUCAUACAUACUUCGGCUUUCUUUUAUCAGCACAGCGCUAAUGCUAACUCCUCCUUUAUGGACCGACCACAAAAUACACCACACACCUCAUCUGCCUCUACCAGCUUACAUAAUGAAGUGUAAAACUUAAAAAAAAACAACAAUAAACAGGUAGCUAAUGCUCGCUUUCACUUGUACAUACAUACAUACAUGCACAUGUUUAACAGCACACACGGCAGAAUACAUGCACUUAAUAAAAGCAGCUCAGCCUCGGUCAUGUGUGCUUCUGGUAUUUGGGUUGAAAAAAAAAUGGGGACUGUGGGUCUCAUUCAUUGUCAGAGUGAAGUGUUUUUUUAUGUUUUCAUUCAGAAAUGUGAAAGUUGCUGCACAGGGGCAUUAUUGUGUUAGUGAGGAAAAGACACCACUCAGUUGGUUUAAGGGUAGAAGCAAUGAAAUGUCUUGUGUCUUACCAAUGUUUUAUAUCAAAGUUUAUGUAUCAAUGAACUAUUGUUUGGUUUGUGAUGUGACACCUUGGUAGCCUUUUUUCAUUGUGUGACACUUUUAUAUGGGAAAGAUACAAAGUGCAAAGCAGGGACAUUUGCUCAUUGAUUUUUGUUUUUCAGGAACAGAUGAGUUUUAUUCCAGCGUGCCUUAUAGGAUAUCUAUGUUGAAAGAAAAUGCCAUUGAAUUCCACAAUAUUCAAUAUUGCAAUACACCCACAUGAUUCCAAACAAAUAUACCAUAAGACAGCAAAUAAUUUCUGCAACACCAUUUUUUUUGGAUGCCAUCACCACUUUAGAGCAUGAUUUUUUUUACAGCUUCUCCAGAACAAAAUUGUUUUGUGUAUAGCGUCUUUGUACAUCUCUAAUGUGCACUUUAUAUACAAAUGUAUAACCACACAUACAUGUGUGUGUGUAUAUAUAUAUAUAUAUAUAUAUUAUAUAUACACGUGUAUACAUACAUAUAUAUAUGUAUAUACACACUGUACACAUAUAUAUGACAUUCCCAAAGCCAAACAUUUUAAAAUCAGUUUUCUCUGUUCAUAGAUCUGCUGGUCAGUUUGGUCAGAAACAUCCAACAGGUGUCUUGAGUCAUUGUCUAAUCAUGUAAUGGCAGAGGAAGAUAUGACUCUUUCUUUUAUUCACAUGUACACACGCAAACAAACUCACACACAUACCGAAUGUAGCGGCUCAACUGAUCUGCAUUUGCUCCUGGAUACUCUUUGCAGUUUUUGGUUGUAUAUGUUUUUGUAUCGCUGCAAAUAUAAGGUGUAAUAUAUAUGCAUAUAUAUGUAUAUUUACAUAUAUAUGCAUAUAUAUACAUAAAUAUGUAUAUUUUAUAAUUGAUUAUUAGACUGAAAGGGCAAUUAAAGGUUUUUAUUAAGCAUGAUUUUGAUACUCUCAUAAUAAUGGAUAUUAUACAUUUCUGUAAUGUUGUGUCUAUAAUAAACCCUAUCUCUUUUUAAUCUAAACGUUGGCUAUUCAAAGGGAACAUGUUAAACUGUGAACAUAUAACUGUACAGGUCUAUCUGCAAUUUUGCAUUUAUUUUAAAACAGAAUAUUCAUACCACUUAAUAAAGUUAUUGACAAUA